AUGGCCGAUCGUCGUGGCGCUCUGGUGCCUUUGCUCAUCCUCGCAUGGCUCUUCCUACAGCCUGAACCCCAGAGGAGUCCCGCCGAACUUCAAGCCCUUCCAUCAAUCGAUGAUGUGAUCGCGAGAGAGGAGCUUUCCUUGUCGAGGCUGCAGAACUCGACAUGGAAUCCGCAAUUUGGAGAUGGUAGCCAUGUGCUUAAUGUCACGGGACUCGAGGCUGAAAGAGGAUAUGCUUGGUAUGCGGUACCGAAGAUAAAAGCGAGGGCCCGAGAACAACUCCAGUAUGCUUUGGGUGAUUGGGGAACGCGUGCUCUCGAGGAAGAGACCGAGAUGUCAAGCCGAGAGACGCCACUGUACGGCAACGUGACCGGGUUCACGCAUGGAAAAUGGAAGCGAUCCAAGCUACAACAGGAUGUUGCUCUGCCCAAGCUCAACUUGACGCAGUAUGCUCCUUUGACGCCUUUCGGAAAGCCGGGUCCGGCUAGGAAUUUCGAUCGCAACAUCACUGGAGAUGCUGGAGAUGUGUCCAUUUGGAUCAGCGAGAAGGAGAUUCUGGGCACCUCGUUAUCAGACGGAAGUAAUAUCACCGCUGAGAUGACUGCUGAGGUUAAGCUCACCGACCCGAAUGGAGAUGGUUCGUGGGAGCUAAAAGUACGAGGCUUGUACUUCAAAGACAUUGGGCAAGCUAUCUUGACCACAACGAGCGAUAAAUUUGCGGGCAUAUUCACGUUGCCUCAUCUUGCCUUAUCGUUGCGCACGUUUGAGAGCUCGAGAAAAGCACUGAAUGAGACCAUCUCAAGAAGCAUACAGAGACAGAUUGAUGGGUACACGAACUCACGAAACCCUUGGACAUCGAGGAAUGAAGGCGGUCAAGAAACGCCAUUCCAGACUCCUGACUGUGAGUUGAUCGUGUACCUCCAGCAGAUGGCUCCGGUGACAGAUCGGAAGACCUCUUCUUCAUGGAUGUCGUUCCUCGAGCGAGAACUACGAUUUCCCACUGGAGCUUUUGUGCCCAAUGCUCCUGACAUUCGGCUUUCUAUGCUCGCAUUCUCGCCAGACUGCGGAUAUGUGCUAGAAUCGCAAGGUCCGCCUGACAACUUUGCUCAAGACGGCAACCAUAUCUCUGGGCCGAAGGAAGAGGUUCAGUACCUCCACAGCCGACAUCACUUGAUAAUUUACGCAUUCUCGCUUGCGACUCAACUUUUUCUGCUCAUGCGACAAAUGCGUGAGGCCAAUACACCUUCUACAAGGAGCAGAAUCAGCUUCUACUCUAUUGCGAUGCUGGCGCUAGGAGACGGCUUUAUUACAAUGGCGUUUCUCACACUCAGCUUGUUCAUAUCUGGAGUGUGGCUGAAUCUGGUAGCUACCGGCUUUCUUGCCUUCAUUUCGGUUUCAUUCUUCGGCAUGAGAUUUCUUCUGGACCUCUGGCAAGUGCAAGCUCCGGAGCGUGAGAGAAUAGCACGAGCAGAACCAGACGCUGCCUCUGACACGCCAAAUAUUCCAGGAUCCCUGCCACUACCAGUCACUGCACCAAGACCUCCACUAGUCGACACGGGAGCGACACCAGUAUUCAUGCCAUCCGACCAAGCCGGUCUAGAACCCAUCACUCCAUUCGAGACAACAACAGAGAUCACCGACGCGCAAGUCGCAGCCAGGAUGCCAACCUUCUCCUCGCUCUACAUUCGCUUCUACCUGCUCCUCCUCUUUACCCUCUUCCUCAGCCUCAACGCCGGCACGUCUUGGCCGUCCAUCGCCCGCAGAAUUUACUUUGCCUUUCUCGGCAUGAUCUACAUGAGCUUCUGGAUCCCUCAAAUCACCCGCAAUGUCAAGCGCAAUUGCCGCCACGCUUUGAACUGGGAAUUCGUCCUGGGUCAAAGUCUCCUCCGUCUGACUCCAUUCGCCUACUUCUACGGCUACAAACACAACGUCCUAUUCACCGACACCGAUUACUACAGUCUCGCCCUGCUUGCCAUCUGGGUCUGGCUACAAGUCCUUGUCCUUGCCUCCCAGGAAAUCGUCGGUCCUCGCUGGUUCCUCCUCCACAAAGACUGGGCACCUCUCGCAUACGACUAUCACCCUAUCCUCCGCGAAGACGAAGAAGGCGCCACCAUGCCCAUCGGUUUCUCCCAAGCCGCGGCAGCAGCCGCUUCGACACCAUCGUCACCCACCGACGACAGAAUUCCCCUCACCCGCAGCAACUCCCUCGCCGCCAAAGAAGCCAACAAGGAAAAAGGGAAGCGCAUUUUCGACUGUGCCAUUUGCAUGCAGGAUCUGGAAGUUCCGGUCGUGGAAGCGGGCGCGGCGAAGGAUGCGAGUUUGGGUGGUGGCAUUCUGGCGAGGAGAAUAUACAUGGUGACGCCGUGCAGGCAUAUCUUCCACACGGCGUGUUUGGAGGGCUGGAUGAAGUAUCGAUUGCAAUGUCCGAUAUGUAGAGAGGGGUUGCCGCCGACUUGA